UUUAUUGAAAAAAAUGUAAAAAUCUAAUCCAAAUCAAUACAUCUUUUAUAUAUCUAGACAUUGAAUUUUCUCAAAACCAAACAAAAGCUUUGCAGGAAUACUCUAAUUUCAUUUGCACGUUCUCCAAACUGCCACAAUAGACAUGGAAACCCUACAAUCAUCCCCCUCUCUUUCCUUGUAAUCGCGCCGCCCAAAAACGCCGCCCUACCGGACCCAACACCGCCUCGCAUAGCUCUCCGUCGCUUCCCGCUUCUUUUGGGUUAGAAAUCAUGAAUAACAUUGCGGGGAGACCUCUUAAUGAAGAUGAUGAGGAAGAUGAAGUUAAUGAGGAUGGACUUGAAGCAUGGGAGAGAGCUUAUACAGAAGAUAGAUCAUGGGAAUCUUUGCAGGAGGAUGAAUCUGGACUUCUCCGUUCUAUCGAUACUACAGCCAUUCAACAUGCUCAGUAUCGUAGGCGCCUUCGUGCCCUUGCUUCAAAUGCAGCUAGUGCACGAAUUCAAAAGGGUUUGAUACGAUACUUAUACAUUGUUGUCGACUUGUCCAAGGCAGCUUCAGAGAGGGACUUUCGACCUAGUAGAAUGGCUGUGAUUACAAAGCAGGUGGAGACUUUUAUCAGGGAGUUCUUUGAUCAGAAUCCACUUAGUCAUGUUGGUUUGGUGACUACCAAAGAUGGGGUUGCUAGCUGCUUGACAGAUCUUGGUGGCAGUCCUGAGGCCCACAUCAAAUCUUUGAUGGGUAAACUAGAAUGCUCGGGUGACGCCUCCCUACAAAAUGCACUAGAUCUUGUUCAUAGCAAUCUAAAUCAAAUCCCAUCAUAUGGCCAUCGAGAAGUUCUGAUUUUAUAUUCGGCCCUCAGUACCUGUGAUCCUGGUGAUAUCAUGGAAACUAUCCAGAACUGCAAAAAGGGAAAAAUGAGAUGCUCUGUCAUUGGUCUUGCUGCUGAAAUGUUUAUAUGCAAGCAUCUUUGCCAAGAAACUGGCGGAACGUACUCCGUUGCACUAGAUGAGUCCCACUUUAAAGAGUUAAUUCUAGAGCAUUGUCCACCACCUCCAGCAAUAGCAGAAUAUGCUACGGCUAAUUUGAUUAAGAUGGGUUUCCCACAAAGAGCAGCCGAGGGCUCUGUUGCAAUUUGUACAUGUCAUGAAGAGGCUAAGACAGAAGGGGGAUACACUUGUCCAAGAUGCAAAGUUCGUGUUUGUGAGCUUCCUACCGAAUGCCGCAUCUGUGGAUUGACCCUUAUUUCUUCACCUCAUUUGGCAAGGUCAUAUCAUCAUCUCUUCCCGAUAGUGCCAUUUGUGGAGAUCUCUGCAUCAUCUCAAAAUGAUCCAAGCCACAGGUUUCCCAACACGUGUUUUGGUUGUCAAGAAAGUCUCCUUAGUCAGGGAAACAAGCCUGAACUUUCUGUCUAUUGCCCAAAAUGCAAACAACAAUUCUGCUUUGAUUGUGACAUCUACAUUCACGAGAGCUUACACAACUGCCCAGGCUGUGAGAGUUUCAGGCAUUCUAAGUCAAUUACUACUGCUCAAUGAUUGCCAAUUCUCUGCUCUUGACAUUUAACUGCCUCCCUGUUAUUCUAUAUUGCCUCCCUGUUAUUAUAAUGUUGCAUCCAUUUACCGGUCUCUUGAACAGGUUCCGGUCCAUGCAAAGUAACCGGCUAACACCAUCCAUUCACCUGAUCAAAAUGCAAGCUCUUAAGUACUAAUUUCUUUGCAGGCUGGAAAGCAGAAGUGAUAUUAUUUAUACAGGGGUGAAAUUUUUUUCUUUUCUCAUUUUAUACCAUAACAAAUUCUUAUCCUUUUCCUUUUGUUCUUUGCUGGAAAUUAAAGCACAUGUACUUUGUUUCAUUCAACAUUACAUUCCAGCACGGAUGUCACCCUUGCCAGUUUUUAAUCAAUGGGCUGACACUAGCCAUUAUUGCUA